GAAAAAGGUGAGCGUUGUGUUUCUUUCUCUCUCUCGACACUUCGGGACGUCUUACUUAGCCCCAUCGAACCAGCCAUCCUCCUCCUCUUCCUCCUACCAAUUACAAAUUUAAACUAAGUUUCUCUCACAAAUUUAAACCAACUCUCUCUCUCUCUUUCUGAGCCAUCGUCAGAAAACCCUAGAAAGCCAUCGUCAAUGGCGGUCUCCGAGGAGGAGUGUUCCUCCGCCAACUCCAGAUCAUCCUCCUCCUCCACCUCCAGCACCUCUCACUACCUCUCCAAGUGCCUCCUCCGUGGCACCGUCGUUCUCCACGUCCUCCACGGUCACAUCCGCUUCCCCAACUCCCGCGACAUCGUUUUCGGCAAGGAGAAAUCGAUAGAGUUGGUGAUAAUCGGUGAAGACGGGAUUGUACAGUCUGUGUGUGAGCAGCCUGUGUUUGGCACCAUUAAAGACAUUGCCGUCCUACCUUGGAAUGACGGAUUCCGAACCCGAAACCGCCAGAUGCUGGGCAAGGAUCUUUUGGUGGUUGUUUCGGAUUCCGGGAAGCUCUCGGUUCUAUCUUUCUGCAACGAAAUGCACAAAUUUAGUAAUCUGGAUUGUACUUGAGUUACUUGAACUUGAGGCUGAUUUAUGCUGGCAAGCAGCUUGGAGAUGACAAAACUGCUAAAGACUAUAACAUUGAGGGUGGCUCUGUCCUUCAUCUAGUGCUUGCACUACGUGGUGGUAGUCUAUAAAUAGUAUCUUAGUAUUGUACCUAUUGAUCGGUUCAGGCAAACUCUUUCGUGAAGGCUUUAUCAAGUCUUGAUACUCAAACAUUUGAGUUGCAUUACAUGGCAGAAACUUGUUUGACAUAAGUAUUGGUGUUACAUAUUGCACUUUUACCUUUCUGCUCUGUUAUGUUCACUGUCUAUGCUCUCUUGCUUUUAUUUAUACAAGGUUAGCUUCACUUGAGCAA